AUGGGUGUACCUUUCCCAGAUAUUGACCCGUACGAGGUUUUAUUGGUGGAAAAAAGUGCCACCCCUAUCGAAAUAAAACGGGCCUAUAAACGUCUCUGUUUGAAAUAUCAUCCAGAUAAACUUCAGCAGAAUCAGAGUGAGCCAGAAGUUGACCAAGAUUUCUUUGCAAAAGUCCAGUUUUCGUACAGCAUUCUCAGUGAUGGAGUACGCAGACAGCGAUAUGACCAAACGGGCAAUUUAGCCGAAUUCGACAUGGAUGAAGAAGACGGGUUCAACUGGAAGGAAUACUUUGACUCUCUAAACGAUAAGAUCACCAUAGAUAUGAUUCAAGAAGACAAAGUAAAGUACCAGAAUUCGGAGGAGGAAAAGCAGGAUAUCAUUUCCAACUUUAUUUACUAUGAAGGAGAUUUCUUAAAAUUGUUUGAGCUCAUCCCGCAUUUGGAAUUUACCGAGGAAGAGGAAGCCAGAGCUUUCAAGAUCAUUGAGCUGGAGCUUCCGGACAUCGAAGAAUCUCUUGAUCUUCAAACUCUCAAGUCGUGGGAGAAAUACAAGAAGCUGAGAAAGACCAAAGUGCGCCAGAUGUUGAAGAAGUUGGCCAAAGAAGCAAAAGAAGCCGAGGAGUUGGAAAAGAUGAUAAAAGACAAGGGUAAACGUAAGCUUCGGAACGAAUCUGACUUGGGCGCAUUAAUCAGAAGUCGUCAGGCUAAUCGUUUGGACGACUUGAUUAAUACCUUGGAGACGAAGUAUGUGGAUAAGAAGGGCAGCAAGAGAGGAAGGGCUGAAGUGGAUGACGACGAGUUUGAGAGAAUCCAGCGAGACAUGCUCAAGAACAAGAAGAAGGUGUGA